CUACACUCUGGGGAUGGCGGAGGGAGAUAGUAUACGGGGUGGCGAGUAGAUGUUUGAGGGCUGGACUGCUUCCGGCAUCGGCUGUGCAGUCGAACAGAGCUCCUUUCCGGUCGGGGUCAGGGCACCUCUCAGUCCCACUUCAGGCCUGGUGUCUCUCGAGGGCUAGUGCGGGUUUUCUGCAAUGGUGGGAGGGAAAGAGGACUCUUCCCUCUGGUUUCUUUUACCUGUAAAGUUGAUGCCUUUGAGAAACAAACUUAAGUCCACUCUCCUUUUCGGGGUCUAUUCACUACUAAAAACGAUGCAAACAGCCGUAAAUUUAUCUGUCCUUGUGUUCCUUAUCCCUCAGGCUUGGAGCAUCAUUGGUUCUAGUCACACAGCUUUUAGGGUUUAGGGUAGUGUGACUGAUCAUGUUCCUUGAGUCGAUGUCUCAGUUAUAUUUCCUUUCAUUAUGAAGCUGGCGUAACGAAAUGAAAGAAUUAUUUACCCCAACCCCCAUAUGGCAGAUUUAAGAAUAUUUUGAUAAAAACAAACGGAGAGUCUUGUUUAUAUGAGACGCUAGUAAUUGGUCAUGAGAAAACACAGUCACGAUGGACGGACACAACCUUGUUUAGGAGGGUAAAUGCGGUAAACCAAGGUUGCAUUUUCAAGAUGGAAAGCCCUUCAGACUCAGCUGUGAUAUUACCUAGCACUCCACAGGCCGGUGCCAAUCCACCGUCUCCCCAUAGAAGUAGUUCAAGAAAACAACCUAUGAGUGCAACACUUAGAGAAAGGUUAAGAAAAACUAGAUCUUCAUUUAAUUCCUGUUACAGUGUGGUAAAACGUCUUAAAGUAGAGAAUGAAGAAAACAAUCAGAGCUUUUCAGAGAAACCAGCAUCUUCCACAAAAGAAAGCUGUUUGGAAUUUCAAGAAAAUUUUAAACACAUUGACAGUGAAUUUAGAGAAAGUACGUAUUUGAAAAAUACCUUCAAGAAUAUCAGUGCAUGUGAAUCUACUGGGUCUUGCAGUGAUCUCCAGAAUGACUUUGUGAAUCAGAAUCUUCCCAAACAAGGAUUAAACGAAGAAAAAUCAAAAUUGGUGAAGCAGAUUCAAGAGAAAGAAGACCUUCUUCGGAGGCUAAAACUAGUCAAAAUGUAUAGAUCAAAGAAUGACCUGUCACAGUUACAGUUGUUAAUAAAGAAGUGGAGAAGCUGUAGCCAGCUGUUGCUUUAUGAGUUACAGUCAGCCAUGUCCGAGGAGAACAAAAAACUCAGCCUUACUCAGUUGAUAGACCACUAUGGAUUAGAUGAUAAAUUGCUACAUUAUAACAGAAGUGAAGAAGAAUUUAUAGGUGUUUAAUUUAUAUUUUUUCCUCCAGAAUAUCUUUGAGAA